GACAGAUGGGUAGAUGAGUUCCCUCUCCCUAGAGCCAUCAGCCAGGUACCAAGCUUAACUCUAUGGAUUCCCCACAGGAGGAUUUGAGCCUCCCUGGCGUGUGGGUGUCACUGUACUUUGGAUUCCUGGGGCUAUGUUCGGUGGUAACCGGAGGCUGCAUUCUCUUUCUGCACUGGAGGAAGAACUUGCGGCGGGAAGAGCAAGCCCAGCAGUGGGUGGAGGUGAUGAAAGCUGCCACUUUCACCUACAGCCCACUGCUGUACUGGAUUAACAAGCGACGACACUAUGGCAUGAAUGCAGCCAUCAACAUGGGCCCUCCCCCAACUGUCACCAAGACUGAGACUGCAGUCCAAAAUCCAAAUCCUCGGUGGGAGUUGGACAUCCCCGAAGGCAGGAGCUACGCCGUCCAAGACAGCAGCCCCAAAGUGGAGACCUCCAUUCCCUUGCAACCUGCACUGCACCUGGUCCCCCAAGAGCCCCUACUUUCCCCGAUGCCACAGCCCCAGACCAGUUCCCCACUCCCAAUUCCCAUCUUUCAGGAGAUGCCCUUUGCCCUGUCCCUGUGCAACCUACCUCCCAUGCUAAACCACUCUGUCUCCUACCCUUCGGCUUCCUCUCCUGAAAGGAAUGUCCAUUUCCAUUCCCUGCCCACACUGGCUCAUGGAGACCACUGCUUCAAUGCCAAGCCUCUGGCUUCAGAAUUGUAG